GGUUUCAAGUCAGUACACAAGUAGAGAGUUUGACGCCCAACCACCAGCUAAUGGCUUACAGUCCAACUUUGCAACCUUAACAGUAGGGGUAGGGUGGCCACAGGCCAUGACAAUAUACUUUAAAACUGCAUCGUAUACGCAUGCCCUGUAUAUCGUUAAAGGUCAGCUCUAAUUAUUCUGUGGCUGAGUUGGGCCGGUGAUGAUCACCUCAAUUUCAUUUCUUGUUUCUAGGCCAUAUUUAUAGGUAAUCAACUAAAUCAUUCUUGAAGAUUAAUGUCGAAACACAUUUAUGUAAGUAUUAGCUAAGUCAUUUGGUUCUUUUUACUUACUCUAUCUCUGCAUUACGAUUGCAGCCACCAGAUGUCUGCAAAGUUCAAUCUUCGAUCACAUCUGUAUCACGUGGUCGAAAAUAGCAAGUUAUUUAUUGGUCUCGAUUUAAUCCAUCAAUCCAUUAAAGUCCAUCAGUUAAGUAAAUUAUAACAUAUCUCCAUGCCAUCGCUGCCUCCCUCUGAUGGCCUUGUUUGGGAAGACCUGCGCUCAUCCAGUGAACGAAGUCUGAUCCAUAAUUCAGACUGGAGACCUCCAAGUCAGACAACCUCCCUCUUAUGUGUGAGGUGAUGCAUCGCCUUUCGGUAUCCGUCGUAUCGACUCGGAGGAUGCAACGUUUACGUGACGCGGUCCAGGUUGGCAGAAGAACCGUGAGAUGUUUCCAUGCGGAUGAAACGUGAAUGGCAGAAGGCGGGGCAGACUACAUCGAGAGCCCUCCCUCCCAGCAGAUAGACGUAAACACUGACCUGCCUGGUCAUGCUUCACACUCAACACGCCCGCCUCGUCUCUAUCUAGCUCUGGAAGGAUGCACCAGGAGUAAGACAUGUGGUAGGUGAUGAAAAGAAGAGGGUUCAAGGUAGAAAUGCACGUUGCACGGAUAUUCUUCUCCGGGAUUGUGCGAUGACUCCGUCUGGAUGUAGUGGUAAGUAAGUGACUGCGGCGGGCAGAAGUGUGGACCGUAAACUGGACCGUAACACAUACCCCGGUGUGGACUGCAAAACAUCCCGGUGUUGACCGUAAGGUGUGGACCGUAUCACAUCCCGGGAUCAGAGACCGGGCCCCCGGUGUCGACCGUAAGCAAACCUAGGGUCUGCUGGAUUAUCCAUCAGGUCGGGCUGAAGGCUUUCUCUACCUGACGAGACGAUCCGAGGUGGGUCCAGUUUUCUUUUGCACUAAAAAAGUGAUGUUGAUCGAAGCUCACCUAUGAGUAUGUGUGUGGGAUGGUAUCACCCCAGAAUGGUUGACUCACUCCACGAGGUUGGUAGUGGUAUGAACAGCCAACACAUCUUGUCAAGUUCGGAUCGAGACCUACGACAUGAUCAGACAGUUCUGUAGGCUCCACCUCCUCCAGACCCUCACUCAUCCUGAGGCCUUCAAGAAGAUGUGAACACCUGCCUUGUUUCACUACUGUCUCACUGGGCUCUUAAGGUUGGCUUGUAGGCUUUACUCAAAUGUGGUGGUUCAUGGCCGCCCUCAGCACUGUCACCGACCACCACCACAGGACGGCUGGGAGGAACAGUACUGUUGUCACUACCACCACCACCACAGGACAACUGGGAUGAACAGUACUGUUGUCACUACCACCACCACCACAGGACGGCUCGUAGGACCAAUACGGUCGUCACCACCACCACCACCACAGGACGGCUGUUACGACCAGUACUGUUGUCACCACCCCCACCACCACAGGAUCACUGGCAGGACCAGUACUGUUGUCACCACCACCAUAUGAUCUCUGGUAGGACCAGUACUGUACGCUGACACCACCCCAGUGAAACCAUGGGAGCCAAGCACCCAAAAGGCCCCAAGGAAGGGGGUGGCAGCCCUCAGCACAGCUGGAGGCGGACCCCAACCAAGGAGCGUGGCGGGGGAGGGGAUAUCCUGGCCCUGCUGCGGUCGGGGGAGAGGCUGAACCGGGGGCCGCCCCCCCCGCCCUACCAGAGACGCAUCGGCAUGAUCCAGGAGAUGAUGGGCAUGGCCAAGCAGGGCCGACAUGACCAGGCCACCGAGGUGCUGAAGAGCCUCAGACAGGACCUGGGCAUGGAGUCCACCUCUUUGGAUGACGUUCUUUACCGCUAUGCCAGCUUCAGGAACCUGGUGGACCCCAUAACACACGACCUGAUCAUCAGCCUGGCGCGAUACGUGCACUGCCCACGCACGGAGGGGGACUCCCUAGGCGCCAUGGAGAAGGUCUGUCGUCAGCUGACCUACCACCUGAGCCCCCACUCCCAGUGGAGGAGACAGGGCCUGCUCAAGAGGAAGCCUCAGGCCUGUCUGAAGCUGGUGCUCUCAGCCCCGCCCCCCAGCGGGGCCCUGGACCUAUCAGGCCUACCGUUGGCAGCGAGGGACAUGGAGCGCCUUUGCGGCCACCUGCGGCGCCACGCGGCCAGCAUGGUCAGCUUGGAGAUGGGCUUCACCGAGCUCACAGACGAGGCCUUCCUGCUGCUGCUGCCCACGCUGGCCGGCCUGCCACACCUGGAGACCCUGGCACUCAACGGGAACCGGCUGACCAGGGCCGUGCUGAAGGAGCUCACCGACGCCCUGAAGGACCCUGGGAGCUUCCCCAGCUUGACGUGGAUCGACCUGGGCAACAACGUGGACAUCUUCUCCCUGCCGCAGCCCUUCCUGGUCAGCCUGCGGAAGCGCUGCCCCAAGCAGGGCAACCUGCCCACCAUCCUGGAAUUCGGGGAGAGCCAAGCCAGUGAGCCCCCUGAGCGGCCCAAGAGGAGGGCGGGAGGGGAGCAGGGGGGGCAGCCGCGGGCCGGACAGCAGGAGGAGGAGGAGGAGGAGGGGGCGACGGACGACGAGGCCAACCGCACAGAGAGCAUGGACGAGCUGCGGUCGGAGGUGGAGGAGGAGAUGGACGGGGAGCUAGAGAUAGAGGAGAUGAUGGAGGAGCUGCUCGACUUUGACCGUGAGGUGAGGGGCCCUGAGGACGAGAUGGAGGAGGAGGAGAGCAUGUGGACCCUCGAGGAUCCAGGGAGAGGAGGAAGGGCUGGGGAGAGGAGAAGGAGGAGGAGGUGCAUAAGGGCUGGUGAGGAGGAGGAGGAAGAGGAGGAAGACGGACACAAGGAGGGUGGGGGGGAGGAGAAAGAAGGGGGGGGUGGUCAGCGCAGAAAGAAGGCUCUGAAGGCUGACAAGGAAGACGACACACAGAGCCACUCCUCACGCCUGUCCUUCUCCAGCCAAUCGCAGCUCUCCUCUUCCGGGGCCGUCGAGCCAAUGAGAGUGGAGGCCGAUGACAUGGGGGACGCCGGCAAGCAAGUGCAGCAUUUGACCUGAUUGCCGUGGUCCCGUGGUCCGUAGAGACUACAGAGCUCUUCUAGAGGAGCUCCCAUAGGGAUGUAGAACAUUUCUUAUGUUCCCGGUCCACUGGGGUACCUUGUGGACAGAAGAACCUAGUGGAAGGUGGGACCAAGCUGGGUACGGUGGGCUGCUCUGCCACCUAUCAGGAGGGGCCCUAGGAACUGUGGCUCAUAAGGCCGUUUGCUGAUGACUUGUGGCUUGUUUAGGUUUGCAGACACCAAGGAUUCCAAGAGUAGAACAGGACUUCCAGUGUUAAUAUAAAGCUUGGGUAAACCAGGUAGAAUGUUCCCUCUGCCAUGUGUAACAUUAAUAUUCCUUUCCUGCAGGUGGAGGAAUACCCAUGUGCCUGUGAAAUGUUAUUAUCGUGUGAAAGUGAUUAAUAUCUAAAAAAGACAGAAAGAGAGUAAGUAAAAUGUCAAAAAUGUACCUAACUAUAACUUAGAACAAAACAUCAAACAACAAAGGCUGUUAUAUAUAUGCACUGGCAUAUAGAAAGAAUAAAUAUAACCAAAAUAUAACAUAGAAUAUAUGGCAAGAAACAGCUUUGAUAAAGAAACAGCUGUCAAGACCUAUCCCUGUAUCAAUGCUACACUUUACCAGUUAUUCUCCUAGAAGCCAAACUCUCCAACACACUAAAAAGAUUUAAAAGAAGAUAUUUACUCUUAAGUAAAUAAAUUAGAACAUCUGGUUGGGUUAGAAAGUAAGCACUGGUGGUUGUCCAAUCAAAUGUAAAGUUUGGGGACAAGCCUCUCCAGUUGAGAGUGUCUAGCCGUCCUUGAUAUCAGUGCUGCCACAUGUAAAGUCCUAUGUUUUGUUUAUGUAAUUAGACAAAGUGCUGAAUAUCAAGUCAUUUUUUUCUUAACCCAGGUUAUCAUUUGCUCUGCAGUACCAUACAAAUGUAUGCAUCACAUGCUUUUGCAAUGCAGUAAUAUGAUGUAGCUCAUAUACAGUGAGGUUGUGAGGUACAGUGAAGCUCCACUAUUCUGUUAUUCCCUUAUAUGCAGUAUUUAGCUUUCCCACGGCUAUUGCUUCUACCCACUUGUAUCAAGUAGUCUUAUCAAGUAGUCUUAACAAUUGUUGAGCCGAGGCAAAACAUAAGAUGGCGUUCUCCAUAUACUGCGCAUGUUCAUUCUUAGUUCACUCAUAUAGAGGAAUUGUAUACUAAAUUGAAUGUCUAACAUUGGCUUCUUAAUAUAAAUAUUUCAGUUAACAAGCAACCCUUUGUCAAACGAUAGCCAGUCUACAUCAUGAAAGAAUGAUGAUUCAAAACAGGUAAUGUGAGAAAGUCCCUCAAAUCGGAUCGAUUCCAUCUCUGCAAUUAAAGCCAUUCUCUGCUCAACCAAGAGGAACCACACAUUCCUCACUUGGUAAUUGUUGAUUUUUUAUAUAUAUUGCCACCACACAUCAAAAUGUGUUUGGUAAUAGUCCAUAACCUAUUAGCCUAUUUAAAAUGUCUCUGUUGUAUGAAAAAUAACCCAGCUUCUUAAAAACUUCUGGGUUAUUCUAUAAGCCAUUCUCAGGUUUAUGUGGUUUUCUAUCUGCUAUUAUAACACUUUUCCAGAAAAAAAUAAUCAGGAAAUGCAAUGUUAACCCUUACAAUUAAUUUACUACUCUCAAUAUCAGAAUGAACACAUGAUCCAUAGAAUAUGAACUAACAUUCUAAAACAUGUUUUACACUAAGCAAUCGUAGCCUUGCUGAACUGCAACAAAGAUCUCCUCAAUUUUACUGUAGCAUUGAUGAGAUGAACAGUAAAGCAACGUAACAUUCUGGAGCAGUAGGCCACACAGUAGUUACCUAAUUACCUUAAAACUGCCGUUCAACUCCGGCUGCAGCUGUGUGGUGUUAGAUCAGCCUGUGUUUAGCUUGCUUUAGGUUUGUGUUUCACCGUCCAAUGGUUCUGCACAGGGAUUCCUUUCCUCAAUCACAGUCUGCCACCAACCUUAUCACUCAUGUAUUGCUAACCUUUUCAGGAAUCCUCUGCUGUCUUUAGAAGCACACACCAACAUAAAACUUCAAAUGAGUGAAUGACAAUAAUUUAUGAUGAUGAAGAGGGUAUUUCUGAUUGUGCGAAAGGACUGAAGACACAAAGAAUGAACACUGAAGAUAUAUAACAUGCAAAUGGUGGUUGUUUCCUCAUCCCUGCUUUUUUAUUUUCUUUACCAUCCUUUCUUCUCUCUUUUCCUUGAACACAUCUCAUAUUUUGGUAUUCUUUUCUAUUUUGGAUUAUCCAAUUUGAAUAUGAAAGACUGGCAUUAUUAUCAAUAGUAAACAUUUGGUUUGUUGUUUUACCAUGAAUGUUACAAUUAAAUUCUAUAACAUGAAA